AAGCCAACAUUGAUUGCGCAGUAGUGUGAAAUAGCUGCACGUGUUUUUUGUUAUUCUGCAAUUGGAAUUGCAUUUAUUCUCAAAUUGAACAACAAUCGGUUGUCGGUGUCAAUCAAGAAUGGAGCACGUCGAUUACGCCGGCGUCAGCCCAUUAGGUGCCACAAGCAGCAUCAGCGGGAGUGCGAGCACUGCAAUGAUUCUGUGCUGUGAAUGUGGCGUCGCCAUUCAACCAAAUCCGGCCAAUAUGUGCGUCACCUGUCUGCGCAAUCACGUCGACAUCACAGAGAACAUACCCAAGCAGGCGGUGCUGCAUUUCUGUCGCAACUGCGAACGCUAUCUGCAGCCGCCCAACGAAUGGAUUCAAGCCUCGCUCGAGUCCCGUGAACUGCUCGCCGUUUGCCUCAAGAAGCUGAAGGGCUUGAAGGAUGUGAAGCUCGUGGACGCUGGAUUCAUUUGGACCGAGCAGCACUCGAAGCGCAUCAAAGUGAAGCUGACCGUGCAUGGCGAAAUCUCUGGCGGCACAGUGCUGCAGCAAGUGUUCAUCGUGGAGUUCACGGUGCAGAAUCAAAUGUGCAACGAUUGCCAUCGCACCGAGGCGAAAGACUUUUGGCGCUGCCUCGUUCAGGUGCGCCAGCGGGCGGAGAACAAGAAGACCUUCUAUUAUCUCGAGCAGUUGGUGCUCAAGUACAAGGCCCACGAGAAUACGCUGGGCAUUAAGCCGGAGCACGGUGGCCUCGACUUCUUCUAUGCGAGCGAGAAUCAUGCGCGUCGUAUGGUCGAUUUCCUGCAGACAAUGGUGCCCGCCAAGGUGACCACAUCGAAGCGUCUCAUUUCCCAUGAUAUACACAGUAACAACUACAACUACAAAUACAAUUGGUCGGUGGAGAUUGCGCCGGUGUCCAAGGACAGCGCCGUUUGCCUGAGCAAGAAGCUGCGUCAACAGUUGGGUAACAUUUCGCCUAUUUGCCUCGUGAAUCGCGUGUCCAGCAGCAUUCAUCUGAUUGAUCCACUGACCGCCCAAAUAGCUGAGAUACAAUCACAGGUCUAUUUCCGCGCCCCGUUCGAGGCAAUCUGCAAUCCGAAGCAGCUGGUCGAGUAUGUGGUCAUGGACAUUGAGCUGAUACACGAAAAGGAUCGCAAGAGCUAUCCCGGCCAGGGCAGCGUCUCCUUCAAGCACGCCCUCUGUGACAUUUGGCUGGUGCGUGCCUCCGAAUUGGGCAUCGCCGAGAAUAACAUUCAUACACGCUCCCAUCUGGGGCAUCUGCUCAAGGUGGGCGACUCCGUGCUGGGCUACAACACCGGCGAGGCGAACAUCAACGAUCCCGAGUUUGAUAAACUGUCUGCGGACCUGAUACCCGAUGUCGUCCUGGUGCGCAAGCAUUACGAUCGCCAGACGCGUCUCAGCCAGCGUCUGUGGAAGCUGAAGCAUCUGGCGGAUGAGGCGACGGAUGAGCGCAGCAAGCACGACUAUCACGAGUUCCUCGACGACAUCGAGGAGAACGCGGACAUUCGUGGCCAGAUCAAUGUCUAUCGCGACACCAAAAAGCAGCUGCCAACUGUCGCUGAGUCGACGGCGGAUGUGCCGCAGAUAACGCUCGAGGAGAUGCUGGAGGAUCUGACACUCGAGUGUGCUGAUGAUGAGAUGGGCGAUGGAGAUGGCUAUGGCGACGGCGAGGGUGUUGGCGAAGCGGAGCCACAAUUGUAGUACGCUUUUUUUUAAUUAUUUAUGUAUUUCCUAUGUACAUAUUCGCACAAUAAAAACAAAUUGAAAA